AUGAGUACAAUGAAAAUGUCUCAAAUGUUAUCUGUACCGUUAAGUCGUGUACGUUCACCUAAACUUAAACGUCAACCACCUGUUGAAGAUGAAAUUGAUGGUCAACAACAAAAUUAUCCAUCGAAAUCAAUUGCAUCUGAUUAUGAAUCAAAUUCAUCACGUUCACUUUCACCAUAUUGGCGUAUUGUUAUGGAUCCUGAAUCUUCAUCUAGUUAUUUAGAUGUACCUGAAACAACAAAUAAUAGUCGACGAUCUUCAAAUAAUAGUGUUGUACGUUUUACUCCACAUGAUGGAUCUGAUUUAUGUUCUAUUCUUGACAUGACUUAUGAAUCAGAAAAUCUUGAAAAAGCAAUAAUUAGUAAUGAUAAAUAUACUGUACGACGUAUUAUUGAUAUACAUCAAAAUAAAUUUAAUUUAAUCAAAGAUCGUUCAAGUUUAGCACAUGCACAAUCAGGUUUUCCCCUACAUCCAUUACCAUCAACACAUCCACCUUUACAUGCAACAACAUCAUUUGGUUCACCAUCAGUUACAAGUAAUACUGAUUUAUUAGAAGCAGUUAGUAAACAAGCAUUGAUUAGUAAUGAUAUUGAUGAAUUACCAUCAAUAUCAUCACCAGAACAAACUAAUUCCGGAUAUGAACCACAAAAUAAUGCAUUAAGCUAUACAAGUGGUCCACUUGCAAUAGCGUUAAUUAAUUAUCAUAAUCAAACACAUUCAAAUAAUCAUUUAAUAUCAAAUCUAUCUUCAUUUAAUAUUGGAUCAGUAAUUAAUGAACGUAUGGAAACUGAACAUGAUUCUAUGAUUACAGCACCAACAAGUUUAAAUAAAGAAUCAGUUUAUCCAACAAGUGAUUCACCUAAUGAUGCACCACCGAUAUUUCGAAAUGUUCUACAUGUUGCUAUUAUGUAUGAUGCUCGAGAUGUAAUGCGUAUUUGUUUAAAAUAUGGUAUUGAUCCUAAUGCAUCCGGUAUGCAUCCAAAUACAAUACAUACUUCAAGUAAUUCUCAAACACCAACAUCAAAUACAUAUUCACAUUCAAGUACACGUUUAUCACCGGAUUUACCACGUGCAUCACCAUGUCGUAAUGGUACUUUAGAUUACACUAAUUAUUAUACUAAUGAACGUUUAUUUACGUUACCACCAUUAUUUCUUGCUGCACAACGUAAUAAUCAUUAUGCAUGUACACUUUUACUUAAAUAUGGUGCAAAUGUAAAUGUACGUGAUGAGCAAUAUUGUAGUCCAUUACAUUUAGCUGCACGUUUACAACAUGAUGUAUGUGAUAUACUUAUAUCUCAUCAUGCUUGUAUAACAAUAUCAAAUAAAUAUGGUGAUACACCAUUAUCAUUAUGGCCUAAUGUUAAACAAUUACAAAUAACAUUCGUUGAACGUGAAUUUAACAAAUUAUGUCGUAAACAUUCAUCUAUGUCAAAACGUUAUCGAUUUUUAUCACGUGAUAAUAAUAAUGAUCAUUAUCAAACAGUUUCAUCUAUGAUGAAUUAUAAUAAUAAUAAUGGUUUAGUUCCAGGACAUGGUUUAAAAAAUUUAAAACGUGUUUUUCGAUAUAGUGGCAGUGAUUCUUAUGAUUCGAAAUCAUUUAAAAAAAGUUAUUCAUCACAAAGUUCUAUUGGCAAAUCUAAACGAUUAGCUGGAAGUAAUUUACAAGCAAAUGGACAAGGAACAUCUGCUGGUCGUAGUGAAUCUCGACAAGUUUCAGAAGAACGUGAUGAUACUGAUAUACCACAUUUUGGACGAUCAUCAAAUAUUAAACGUAAAAAUGGUACCUCAUCGUUGGCUGUCAACAUUCUUCAUCCUCAUAAAUCAUCACGUCGACAACAACACUAUGCAGCAGCAGCAGCCGCUCAGGCGUCAGCAGAAACACAUGCGCUCAAUGAUCGGCUCUUUAAACGAUUUUCUGAAUUAAGUCGACUUGCGACUAAUAGCGAAUGUAUCGAUCAAUUGAUGGAUUUAUUGCGUAUGCAAAAUUCAAUGGACGAAAUAUUAAAUCUUAUAAGUCAAGCAACAUCAUCACAAGUACAUGCACGUAUUGCCGAACUUCUUCAUACAUUACUUAAUACUUGCUAUCAAGAAUUUUUACGCAAUCAUGAUAAACGUGAUCAUGUGGAAAAAUUUCAAGUACAUACUAAAAAAUUAUUGGACAUAUCAUUGGAAUUAUUAUCAAGUGAUAUGGUCAAUAUGCAAUAUCUUGCAUUAAUAACAAUAAAUCGUUUAUAUGAUGUAUAUGUAUAUCACAAUUUAAUAAAUCCAGGUCGUUAUAAUGCAUGUUAUAUACCACCAUCAAGACGACAAUUAACAUUAAAUUCAAUGAUAAAUACGAAUUCAUCUACAUCGAAUUCAAAUCCAUGUGAUGAAAUUAAAACUGGAACUGAUCGUUUACCAAAAACAUCAACAUUAUCAAGUAUUUUACGUAAAAUCUCUCGUGAAACAGAUGAAAAACGUGCAGUAGCAGCUGCAGCAACGGGAGGAAAUGCUUAUUCAAAUUCAAAAUUAUCAUCGAAUUCAACACAACAAACAUCUGGUCCAGGACCUGGUGGAGGUGGUGGUAGUGGUAGUGGUAACAAUAAUAAUAGUGGAAAUACUAGUGGGAAUACUGGUCAUUUAACACGUGAAGCAUCAAAACGAUGGAUUCCACUGUAUAGUAAUGAUAAUCUUGCUCCUGCAUCUUCUUCUUCGUCUGUACCGCCUCCGUCAUCAUCUCCAAACAUCUCAUUAUCUCAAGGAGCAAAACUAUCAUCUUCGGAUGUAACAAAUCCUCAAGCAUCCCCUUCAAGUGCAUCAAAAUCUCAUUUACUUAAUUCUGAAAAUUCACCAAUUAACAAUACAUCAACAACGUCCGAUGAUAAUUCAAAUACUGUUUAUACAUAUGAACCAUUUUCAUUGUUAUAUAAAAUUGAACCAAUACAUCUUUUACGUUUAAUGCGUACACGUUUAGAUGCUCAUCGUCGUGAUUUUAAUAAUCGACCUAAAUGUGUACCAUCAACACGUUCACCAUUAUGUACACAUCAUUGUGUUGUUAUUUUAGCUGCACGUAUAUUAACCGUACUCUGUCAAGAUCAUGCAUUUCAAAUGCGAUUUAUUAGUACAAAAGAAAAUUUAGCUAUUAUUAUUGAUAUGUUGAAUAUUAAUAAUGAUCCGCAUUUAAUCUGUUUAAUCUUACAAACAUUGGGAGUUGUGGCAUUAAAUCCUGAUUCUCAUGAAGUUUUAACACAAGCAGAUAUACCCGAUACUGUUUUACAUUUAAUUUUACCAGCUGAUGAAAUGUUUUAUACAAAUCAAACAACGAAAUUUGCUCGCUAUGUUAAACAUCUUGGUGCAAGAAUACUUGUUUAUAUGGGUUUACUUACAAAAGUUAGCAAUAAAGUUAACCUAUUCGAUAUACUUGAUGUUGAACCAGAACCACUUGAUUGUGAUAAACCACAAUCAUUUGAAAAUAAUUUUGUUCAUCAUAUGGCUGUUGGUGAAACUGUUGUUGGAACAUUAUGGACAUCAUUUGCUGGUAUAUGUAUUGAAAAAUUACUUGAUGAAUUACUUAAAAAUGGAAUUAAUCAAAAAAAAAUGACAUCGAAAGAAUCUCAAGAUCUCUCUCAAGGUGUUACAAGUCCAACUUCAACUUCAACAUCACCAAUGAUGAAUUCAAGUGAUAAUCUCCUUUAUAAUCUUUCAUAUUUAUCAUCUGUGAUACAUCCUGUUAUCAUACUUCGUUUACUUGAGCAUCGUUUAUUUACACCAUUAUUUAAAAAAAAAGCAGUCACAAGUAAUCCUCCACCGCCUCCAAUACCAAAUCCCAUACAAAUUAAUGAAACUAAAACUGUUAAUCCAACUAUAACACCAAAUAUAGGUACAUCUGCACUUGCAUCUAUUCCAACAUUACCAAAAUUAGAUCCAUUCAAACGACAACGUAGUUCAUUAACAAAAGAUACAUUUUCAUCAAAUACAACAAAUGAUCGUUCAUCAUUAUUAACAAAAUUUACACAUUCAACAUAUGAUAAACAUCGAAAAUCAUCAAAAAAUACAACACCAAGUCCAUCUAUAUCUGGUAUAGCGUCAACCAAUUCUCAAAGUUCAACUGCUAAUAAUAAUAUGAAUAAUCAACCAAUGGUAUCAACAUCAUCAACUACUGGAUUAAAUACAAAUGAUUUAUCAUUAUUAUUAACAUCACCAAUAUCAUCAUCAUCAUCAACAAAUAUUUCUAAUCAAUCGACAACAUCGUCACGUAAAUGGUUUUGGAGAAAUUCAGAAAAAAGUACUCCAACAAAUAUUCCAAAUGAUCGAAAUCCAUUAUUACAAGCUAUUGUUGAAACUGAUACAUUAGGAUCACCAAAUAAUAACCAAUCAACAUUAAAUCCAGUAACAAAUGUUGCUGGUGUUGGAGAAAUAAAAUUAUUAGAAAAAGAAUUAUUAAAUUUACCAUCAUUUCAAUUAAGUGAUUCACAAAAUCCAUUAUUACCAAGUCCAACAAGUCUAAAUUAUGAUUUUACAACACAAUUUGAUCAAACAAAAGAAAAUAAUUCAUAUAAAUCAAAACUAAAUGAUAAUGAUUCUUCAUCAUCUUUAGCAGAAAACAGUGGUGGUGGUCUCUUGACAACACUAAAUAUUCCAUGUGUUGCUGUACGCACUCCAUCUGAUGAUAGUAAUCGAUCAUCAAGUCAUAAUAGUACUCCAUCAAGACAUUUAUCAUCAUCAGAUAAUCAACAGCAACGUUCUUUAUCAAAUACACGUAUGUCUGUACGUGAAACUGUAAAAAGUUUAUUUCGUUCAUCAAAAACAUUCGACAAUAUGUCAAGUACACGUAAUAAUACGAAUAAUGGAUCAAUAAAUCGUUCUGUACGUAAUCGAAAUUCAUCAAAUCAAAAAUCUUCAUCACCAGUUAUGAAUAAUCAGCUAUCACAUUCACAACCAAUUGUAACUGAAUCCUUAAUGAAUGAUAAUAAUAAUCAUUUUGAAUCACCACUUAUAAGUCAUAGUGAACAAACACCGUUACUUGAUCGUCGAUCUGAAUCGAAACGUCAGAGUCAUACUAAAGCUUCAUUUGAUAGUAAACAUAAUAAUCAAAAUCAAAAACCUAAACAUACACGUUUAAAUCGUGAAGGAUUACAUUUACCACUUGAUAUUGAUGGUUUACAUCGUAGUCGUUCAUGUGCCGAUGGAAUUAUUUUACCAUCGAAUAAUCAUCAUCAUCAUCAUAAUCAUCAAGAAAUUGAUUUAUUAAAUGAAACAUCAAUAAUACCGGCUAUAAUACCAAAUCAUCAACCAAAUAAUACUGAUGUUGCAUCAUUACAUUCAUUAGAUAGUACAGGAUCUUCACUUUCAACUUAUCUAUCACCACAACAACCAAUUACAACACAAUUAUCAGCACCACCACAAUUAAUUAGCAAUGGAAAGAAUGAGAUAAAUAAAUCUCAAGAAUCACUUUUUAGUUGUUCAUCACCAGUGCAUAAACAACAUUCAUUAAAAUCACUUAUUAUGGCUGCAACUACAAAAGAUACAGCUACGAAACAAGGCAAUGAAGUUCUUUUUCUUAUUGCUAACUGGGUAUUAAGAUCACCUGAAGAUUUUCAAGAUUAUCUUGUACAAAAAGAAUUACGAAGUUUUUUUACUCUACUUGAAUCAUUACGUAGUUCAUUUCGUAGUUGGACAAGUCAAAUAAAAGAAAUACUUUCUCUACAAGAUGUAGAAUCACCGUUAGGUACAGAAAUGGAUGAUUGUACUACUGAAGAUAUUUAUCGAGAAUAUGUUAAAAUGCAACGUGAUAUUGUUUCUGGUCGUUUAAUUUGUUCGAAAGAAGAAGCCGCAACAUUAGCUGCUGUACAAUUACGUCUGGAAGCAUGGCCAGACGAAAAUCUUGAUCUUGCUGAAGGUAAUCUUGCUGAAGAUGAAUUACAUACAUUAAAUUUACAAUUAAAUGAUCAAACAUCUCCAACAUCACUAACAGGUACAAGUGGUAUUUCUGGUUUACAUUCAAUGACAUCAUCAUGGCGUGAUCGUCGUCGUCGUAAUCUAGUUAAAUUUCGUUUAACUGAUAUACCUUGUUGCAAACGUGUAGAUUCAAGUAUACAUAAAUCAAAAAAACCAUUUCUUCCACCAGAUUUUCGUCAUAGCAAUGAAAUUCUUAAAUUAAUUAAAGAUAAACAAAGAAAACUAUUUCAUAUAAAUGAUUAUGAUAAUCCAGCACGUUUAAAAGAAUGUUAUGUACGUUUAUGUCGGAAUUUAUCAUCUUAUAAUGCUGAAAUGUAUGUUGUUAAAGAAAUUCAUGGAAAACGAUCAAAAAGAAAAGGAAAUCGAAUUUUAUGUAUUCGAUCAGAUAAAAUAUGUUUAUUAGAUAUGAAAACACGUAUUAUUUAUAAAGAACAACGUAUUGCUGAUCUUGAACAUUGGAUAACAAGUGGUCAUCAUUUAAGUGCUGGUACAAAUGAUCUUAUUUUAGAAUUUCGUAAUAAAACAAAAUGGCGUUUACAAUUAAAUAAUACAGCUGAUUUACGUGCUAUAACUGUUUAUUUAUGGAAAAUUGUUAAUGUCGAAAAUUGUGCUCUAUUUGAUAAACAUGUUCCAUUAAAUCCAUCCAUGCGUCGAUAUUCUCAAUCACAUCAAACAGGACGUCGUAUGACACUUACAUCAACAUUAAUAAAUUCAAAUAAAAAUCCUUAUCAAACAAUAACUGAUAUGUAUAAAAAUUCAUCAAAUAAUCAUGCUAAACAACAUAUAUCAACAACAGAUCAUAUACAAAAUUUAACACGUUUAAUGCAAACAAAUCGUACAACAACAAUAUCUGGAAUAUUAAUGAAUUCAUCUUAUAUUCAUCCAUCGGAUAAUACUCAACCAUUAUGUUUUUCAGCUGAUCUGGAAGAAUUAAAAUAUUUAUUUGAUUUUCCUGAAGAAGUUGCUAUGCGUUUAACUGAAAUUGAACAUGAAAUAUUUCUUAGUGUGCCACCAUUACAAUACUUGAGGCAUUUAACACUUGAUAUGUCAUUCUUAGCAGCAAAUGAUACUUCCACACAAGGAAAAAGUAUUCGAAUUCUUGUACAACGUUUUCAAGCUGUUGGAUCAUUUAUUCAACAAUUAAUUGUUUCACAAGCAAGCUUUCAAGAACGUAAAGCAAUUGUAGCAUCUAUACUUCGAUGUGCUAUUACUUGUUGGUAUAUGGGAAAUUUUAAUAGUGCUAUGCAAAUAUUAGCUGGAUUAAAAAUUGAAGCAUUUCGUCCAUUGUGGUUAACAAUAACUGAUGAAAUUCCAGGUUUUAAAUUUCUUACCGAUGCAUUUAAUUCAAAUGAAAAAACUCCUCAAUAUUGUGAUGCUGUUAGUCGAGCAUUAGAUAUUCCAACAUGUAAAGUUGUACCAUUUUUUGGUACAUUUCUUAAAGAUCUACGAACAAUAUUAAGUAGUGUACCAAGUAUUGUUGUUUUAUGUAAUCGUAAUACACAAAAACCAAUUGAAACUGUUGCUGAUUUUCAAAAUCAAGAACAUUUUUUAACACGUAUUGGCGUUGGUGGUUUAAUAAAUACACGAAAAAUUGAACUAGUUCAUAUGGUUUUAAAAGAUGUAGCUAUGUUUCACAACCGUCAACGUCGUCAACCAUUAUUCAAAUGUUGUAAUGAUCUUAAUCGUAUUAAAAUACCUUCAUCAUCAUUAAUACCAGAUAUGAAAGAAAAACAUUCAGCUACUGUUUGUGCUGGGUCUGAUACUGGUUCACCUGAUAAAAUACCAAAACCAAAAUAUAAUCGUCAUCAAUCAUUUCCAUGUGCAUCGACAACAGUCAAUGAAUAUGAUCAACAUUGUACAGCUAAUAUAGCUAUUAAAGUUAUUGGAGAUAAUGAAACAGCGAAUGUAAAUGAUGAUGAUACAGUAUUAAAUACAAAUUCAGUAUUACCAUAUCGUUCAUCACUUGAUAUUGAUGAACCGGAAACAUUUUAUUGUUUAAAUGUAUCUUUUUAUCAACCAAUAACACAACCAAAACAUAAUCAUGAAGUAUCACUAUUAUCCAUGCAUCAUAUUGUUGAUUUUAAUAAUUUACAACUACUUCGAAAUGGUACAACCUUAAUUCUUUACGAUGAAGAUACGAUGCAUACAUGUUUGGUCACUGUACGACUUGAACUUGAUAAUUGUACAUUAACUUGGACAAAACCUUCAUGGGAUACUCAUCGAAGUCUUGAAAAUGUAAAUACAGCAAAUCAAGUGUCGAGUGAAGCAGCACAUUAUUCAAUAUUAAUGAAACGUUAUAUAUUACGAGAUGUAGCAUUUGUCGAUAUGGAUGAAGGAUUUAUUCAAUUAAAAUAUGUUAAACAUAUUCGAAGUGGUAUACUUCAUUGUGAUCUUCUUCCAGUAAUAAAACGUUAUAAAUUAACUGAUAUAUCAAAUCCAGAAAAUUGCUUUACUAUUAUUUAUGGUUCAUCAAUUAGUGAAAAUAAAUCACUUUGUUUUAUUAGUCCAAAAUAUAUUUCACAAAUUUGGUAUACAAGUAUUGAUAAAUUAAUAACACAAUAUCGUAAACAUCGUUUAUGUUCGGAUCGACGUAUUGUUUGGCUUAAAAAUCAAUAUUUAUCAUUAUAUCAUGAAAAUGAACGUUUUCAAGGUCCAACACCAAUGAAUGCUAUACUUGUAUUUGGUGGUCGGCAAUGGAAUUCAAGUUCAUUAUUUUCCUACGAACGUGAUCAUCCAUCAUCAAAAAAAACUAGUAGUGUAAUGAAAUCAUGGUCAAAUUUAGCUUUAAGAAGACGAAAUAAAUUUGAACAAGAUCGUAAAGCAAGUUUUUCCACUGAAUCCGAUCCAACAGUUGUAUCAAAAUACCAACAACAAAAUUCAACAAUAGGUUUACGUAGUAAAUCUAAAACACUUGAUUAUAGUAAACCAAAAUCAAAUCUCGUUACACAAAAUAUCAAAUCUCCACGUUCAUUAAUACAUCAUCAAAAUAAUUCGAAACAACGUCCUGGUACAACAAAUCAUCCAUCUACACAACGUACAACAACAACAAAUACAUUAAAUAAUUUAAUUAAUACAAAACGUUUAGCUCAUCGUUUAGCAUCAACAAAUUCAAAUAAUCAAGUUCAAGAUUCAUCAUCACCAUGGAUUAUUAAUGAAACAUAUAUGGAUUUUCCUGAAUUUGUUGAAUUAUUCAAAUCAUUUUAUUUUCAUUGUCGACGUGAUUUAAAAGAUUUAUUUGAUAAAUUUGCAUCGGAAAUUAAUCUUGAACAAGAUUAUACAAUUAAAGAACAAUAUAAAAAUGAUUCAUUAGAUAUAUCAAGACAUUUAACUGGUUUAAUAACAAGAAAUAUUGUUGAUGAUAUAACUGAUGCAAGUAUACGUCGAAUUUAUGAUAUGAUUGCGAUAUCAUCUAUACCAUGUUAUGCAAUAAGUACACAUACACGUGGAAAUUAUCUUAUAACAAAAGAACAAUUUCGUGAUUUUUUACUUGAACAUCAAAAAGAAGAGAAAAGUUCUUACGAAAUUGAACAAAUUAUUUAUCGUCAUGAACCUAAUCGACAAAAUCGUUUAAAUAAAGUUCUGUCAUUCGAAGGUUUUUCACGUUAUUUAUUAGAUAAAGAAAAUUAUGCUUUUGUUAAUGAACAUACGAAAGCCAAUGAACAAGAAAUGGAUAGUCCAAUAUCAUAUUAUUUUGUUGCAUCAUCACAUAAUACUUAUUUAACUGGUCAUCAAUUACGUGGUGAAUCAUCUGUUGAAAUGUAUCGUGAAGUAUUAUUAUCUGGUUGUCGAUGUGUUGAACUUGACUGUUGGGAUGGUGAUGAUGGUUAUCCAGUUAUAUAUCAUGGUCGUACAUUUGUUAGUAAAAUAUCAUUUAAACUUGUUGUUGAAGUUAUUAAUGAAAGUGCAUUUUUAACAUCACCCUAUCCUGUUAUAUUAUCAAUUGAAAAUCGUUGUACGAUAAUGCAACAAGCCCGCAUGGCACAAAUAUUUGUUAAAGUAUUUGGUGAUAAAUUAAUCACAAAAUAUAUGUUUGAUACAGAUUUUUAUGAAGAUCCAUCUUUACCAUCACCAAAUCAAUUAAAAUAUAAAAUUUUAAUAAAAAAUAAGAAAAUAAAUAAAAUGCAUUCAACAACACAAUUAAGUAAACAAAAAGUACAAUUAAGUGUUAAUUAUAGAAAUUCAGUUUAUUCAUCACCUGAUGAUAACGAAGAAGAUGAUGAUUCUGAUGAUGAUGAACUUAUUGAUGAUUUUAAUGAUGAUCAACUACUUAGUGGAGAAUCACAACGUUCAAAUUCAAUGACUGAUUCACCAAUGUAUAAUUUAAAAAAACCAAAUGUUCCUGUACCUGUCGAUCAAGAUGGUGAUGAUGAUUUACGAUCAUAUCAACAACGUCGUUAUAGUAUAUUAAAUACUGAACCACGACAACGUUUGAAAAGUAGUAGUUCAAUUGAUGCUAAUCAAAUAUUAAAAGCAAAUAAAUCAACUGCAGUUAUUGCUAAAUUACCAACUAUAAUCGUUGCUAAAGAACUAUCUGAUAUUGUUGUUUAUACACAAGCAAUUAAAUUUCGAGGAUUAAGUUGUUCAUCAACAUCGACUAGUAUGGCUGGUGGUAAACCAAUUCGAAAAGUUACUAAACGUAAUAUUCAACAACUUGUUGCACAACCUAGUACCACGAGUACGAGUACAGAAAGUUCUCGAUCAAUUGAUCAAGUUUCACCAUGCCAUCAAAUAGUAUCAUUAAUUGAAAAUAAAGCGAAAAAAUUAUGUAAAAAUCAAGCUAUGGAUAUGAUUGCACAUACUGAAACACAACUUGUACGAUGUUAUCCAAGUGGAUUUCGUGUUGAUUCAUCAAAUUUUAAUCCAUUACAUCUUUGGACAUAUGGCAUUCAAUUAGCAGCAACCAAUUAUCAAACACUUGAUCCUGGACAAAUUCUUAAUUUAUCUAUGUUUGAACAAAAUGGUAAUUGUGGUUAUGUAAUAAAACCAAGUAUUUUUUGGGAUAAAGAACAUCCUCAAUAUGGUCAUUUCAAUCCAUCAGUUAUCGAACGUGAAGGUCAAUGUUUUGAAUUAACCAUUACUGUUAUUUCUGGUCAAUAUUUAACACAGAAUGUUAGUUCAACAACAAGUGUUUAUAUUGAAGUUGAACUUCUGGGUAUACCAAUUGAUUGCAUGUCAAGAAAAACAAAACCAUCGGUUAAAAAUUCACUGAAUCCAAUCUGGCAAGAAACAUUUGUCUUUCAGCUUUUCUUCGUUGAAUUAGCAUUUGUUCGUUUUCAUAUCUAUGAUGCUGGAAGUAAUCAUUUAAUGUCACAACGUGUAAUGCCAUUAAAAUGUCUUCGACCUGGUUAUCGACAUGUUCGAUUACGAGAUAUUACAAAUGUUCCAUUGGAAUUAGCAACAUUAUUUAUUUAUUCGAAAAUAACUGAAACAAUUCUUAUUCGAAAUACCGAACAAGAUUUAUCAACAUCAAAUACACCACAUUUAUUUCGUACUAAAAUUUUAAGACGUACAAUUGAUCCACCGGAAGCUGUUGCUGCAAGUCGAGAAUCAAUUCGACCAAAACAUAAAACAUUUGAAGUUAAAGUCUAUGGAAAAGAUGGACGUGAUGAAGAAUUUCGACCAUUUGCUGUAACACAAUAUACAACAAUUGAAGAACUUUUAGAAAUGAUUGCUAAAGCAAAUGAUUUCUUAAAAGUUGGUGAAACAAUAAAUGAUAUUGUAUUAACAGAAUCUUCUAAAACAUGGAAAAAGAAAUCAUCUUCAUCAUCGAAAAAUGUGGAUGUAGCACCACGAAUAUUAGAAAAACAUGAACGUAUUCUUGAAGUUAUUGAUCGAGUUGGACGUGAAACCGUUAUUCUAUGUAAAAAGAAAACACCAACACAACAACAUUUAUCAUUAUCAACUUUAAUGGAUAAAAAUAUUCAAAAUUGGGAUAAUUGUGAUCGAACAUUUCUUGUUACUAUUUAUAAUAUUUCACCUAUUCAAAAACAUACUACAUUUCGAACACCUACUAAUUCAACUGCUAUUCAUGUUAUAACACAAUUAAUGACAAAAAUUCGUAUGGCAGGUAUGCCAAAUGAUUAUGGACUUGUAGAAGAAACAGAUUUAAAUACAACUAAUACUACACGACGUAUACCAAUAAAACGUCGUUUAUUAGCUGAUGAUGAAAAAAUCUAUGGUAUUCAACGUUUAUGGACAUCGACAAAUUCAAAAUUUGUAUUAGUUAAAAAAGCUGAAUAUUCCGAAACAAAUAAUAAUAAAGCAUUUACAGAUAAAUUUUUAUUUCGUUCAUUAACAAGACAAAAAUCAAUUGAUCGUGGAUCACAUGAAGAUCUUCAUCUUGAUCAUCAAUCUAAACAAAGAACAACGAAUAAUUUAAAUUCUAAUAUAGUAUUAAAUGGUACUGUUAGUAAUAAUAAUAAUAAUAAUAAUAAUAAUAAUCGAGCAACACUUGCACCAACACCACCUAUUCCUAAAAAUCAUCAUAAUAAUAAACGUUCAUUAAAAACAAUCUUAUCAACAAUUAAAUCUUGA